AUGGAUGAACCACUACAUUUCAUCACUCACAAUGGUGUACUUAAUACGUCAUGCUUUCUAGUACUCAUCCUCUACAUGACUGUUGGAUUUUUCGGUUAUUUGCGAUUUGGCAAUGACAUCAUGGACACUCUAACGCUGAAUUUGCCACAAACAAACUUCUAUCAAGUAAUUAAGUUGAUGUUCGUCUCUUGUAUACUAGUCUCAUACCCACUUCAAUUCUAUGUUCCUAUGGAACGCAUUGAAAAAUGGAUUAAACGAAAGGUGGCCAUUGAACGGCAAGAGAAACUCAUCUACGGUGCACGUAUGGCAGGCGUUCUUUGUACUUGUCUGCUGGCCGAACUCAUCCCGCAUUUGGCCCUGUUCAUCUCACUCGUCGGAUCCGUAGCCGGUACUUCACUGACUCUGGUGUUCCCGCCCAUGAUCGAACUACUCUGCUGCUACUCAAAGGACUCUCUAACGCCUUGGAUCUGGACUCGUAACGUCCUGCUCAUGAUGUUCGCGUUGGUUGGCUUUGCAACUGGCACCUAUACCAGUAUGGUGCAGAUCGUUGAAGCAUUUGGGAAACCAGAUGUUUAG